ACGUCCCCGACGAUACCCCUCCACUCAUGUCCGACCGCAAUGAAGUUGAUGCACAAUCUCACGACCAGCAUCUUCCCGAAGAGGGGGAACAAAGUUGAAGAGCCACUGCCGUGGCAGGCGACGAUCCAAAACGACCCCCGUUGACGGGGAUGAUUCCUCGCAGGGACGACUCGAUGGAUGUUUCUGCUUUCAAGAUGCAUCGAGCCAUGCCGAGCUCCAGGCAGAGGCUGUAAGUCUGGCGUAGGCCAAGGCUCCGGCGAAGAAGGCGACUGCUGCGGGCAAGCAGAAAUGCAGGAUGGAUGUGAGCAAGAUGAGGGCAUAUGGAGGGUUGAGAAUGUGAAAGACAGAAACGCGUGCGCAUAUACCGUUCGAAAGCCAUUCAAGGAAUCUGAAAUGACUCAAGGACUACGCGAGAAAGUUCGCAAGCUUGUUGGCCAGCGCAGAGAGGAUGGUCGACGAGAUGCUGCUCGCUUGAGGUCCGAAUCCGAUGGGAGUCGAGGCCGACAGCGAAGAGGAAGGACGUCCGGAACGAGGUCUCAAUUGUCAGGACAAGAUGCGGUUGACGGGGCAUGAGCAAAGACCAAGGAAGAGCAUGGAGGAGAAAGUGCUC